CUGUCUCGUUCUAGUAGUUAAUCUGAAAUAUGGCUCAAGCAGAAGCUUUGUACACUCCUGCCUCGUUUUAGUAGUCAACUGGGAAAAAAAAAUCGUCUGCCAGCAGUCCAGGAAUACACGUGCGAGAUUUUAUAUGUCACAACUCUCACCGUGCUCAACCAUAACAAUUAAGCCAUUGGAUGCUGUCCCUUUGAGAGGCAAUAGUUGUUACACUAGUAAAGGGAGAAAUUUCAGCUACAUUUCAUUAAAGACUGAUGUAAUUUCUUGCUUAAAUGAUAUUCUGAUAGUGAUAUCUUUAUACCAUGUCUGCUCAUGUGCGGUGAUAUAUUUAUAGACGUUGUGUAAUCCAUGACUUGCAUGUCAGUAGCGAAAAGAGAUCUGUGUAUGUCGGGUGCCGUUUGGUGUACGGCUCAACGAAGCUUUGUGCUACUCCAGAAUAUUUCGUCCGUAAACGUCUAGACAUUUGACAGCUACAGAAUAACUAUAAAUUUAAUAGGUUAAGGAAGGCGCAAUCGUCAAUUUAUUCAACCAUUUCAAGGAACACAGCGCGGAGUCAUACAGUCUGACCAUCCAAAUAAGUAACUGCAUGGUGGAACAGAUGAGGGAGCUGGCUGUGCUAUCUGCUGGUAUUGUGUCAACAUUGGUCAUUGCCUACAACCAGUUAUUUAAGGUGCCAACUGUAAAUCUUUCCAAAGGGGUGAUAGAAACCUAUGGUGAUCAAGAAAUAAUGGCAGAAUCUGACGAGGCUUCAAAAGACUCUGAUGGAUGUUUGCAGCAAACACGAUCUCUUGGUAACAUAGAGGAGGAAUACUCUAUGCCAGUAAUUAAAAAUGGUAAAUUUCACAACCCAUGGGAUACGUGGAGACAACCUUCAUUUUCUGGUAUUAUGAAGUUGUUCAUAACCACCAAGAAUGAAACUAAUUUGCCCUCAGAAGAGGACCUGGAUGAAAUUCUUCCCAUUUUCACACCAGACAUCAGAGAAUUUGACAGAUCACUGAUAUCAGGAGUUCGUAUGUUGUGGAUUGGCCAUGCAACAGUUGUUGCUCAGCUUGAUGGCUUCACCGUCAUGACUGACCCUGUUUUUAGUAUGAGGUCCUCUCCAAUCCAAGCAAUUGGUCCAAAACGUAUCAGAAAGCCACCUUGUACCAUAGAGGAACUUCCUAAAGUUGAUGCAGUAGUGAUUAGCCACAACCAUUAUGAUCACUUGGAUUAUGCAAGUGUUGUGGCUCUCAACCAAAGGUUUGGCGAGAAUCUACAGUGGUUUGUGCCUAUGGGACUCAAGGGGUGGAUGAACAAUGCUGGCUGUGAGAAUGUUGUGGAGAUGACUUGGUGGCAAGAACAUGAGGUACAGAGUCACCCAGGUGUGAAAGUGGCUUGUACGCCUUGCCAGCAUUGGUGUAAACGAAAUGUUUCGGACACUAAUGAGGUUCUUUGGAGCAGCUGGUGCAUCCUAGGGCCCAAAAAUUCUUUCCAUUUUGCAGGCGACACAGGCUACUGCUGUGGUUUUAAGCAAAUUGGCCGCAAAUAUGGUCCUUUUACUGCAGCUGCCAUUCCCAUUGGUGCAUAUCAUCCUAGGUGGUUUAUGAGUCCGCAGCAUGUAGACCCCCAGCAAGCAGUGGAUAUUCAUCAAGACAUUCAGUCCAAGAGUUCCCUUGGAAUCCACUGGGGUACCUUUAUGCUAACAUAUGAGCCUUAUCUUGAGCCCAGAGAGCUGCUAAAACUGGAACUAGAGAAGCGUGAGAUGAAUCCUUCAUCCUUUGUCACUGUCAACCAUGGUGCAAUUAAAGUGUUUGGGGCAAGUGACUCCAAAACUGUUGACUGAAGCAGAUUUCUGUAAAUAAAUUGACCUGUUUGUUAACUGUUUUUAGUACUAAGAAUAAGAAUUUGUUUGGCCAGAUGUUUGCUCUCUCUUCCACACUCUUUCUAUCACUGCCUCACUGACUGCAAAAGGACAUAUUCAUCUAGUACUGGUCUGGGCACGAGCUACAGUGGAGCGCUACAGACGAGUCUAUACCUGACCCCGAAGGGCAUGAGACAGAACAGACCAUUGGCCGGGUGGGCAGCAUCCACCACAACCUAAUACAAGUUAUUGCAAGUUUUAGUUAUUGAGUGUUAAAAAUUGACUUUGAGAUUUAAGUUUGAAAAGAAGUAAAAACAUAACUAUAAGAAAGAGUAAAAGUUAAAGGGGGUGAGAAAGCAAGAGAGAGAAUGUAAGUAUACUGCUUCAGUUUCCAUAACCCAGAUUUUAGUGAGUUUGGCAAGUGCAUAGAUGUAUAUAUAUCUAUGAGGUAAGUCAGAGUAGUCUAUUUCUCUGCCUCCGUCAUUGAUCUUAGUGAUGGACAGAUGAUUUCAUCUAGACACAAGGUUAUUUCCAAGUCUAAAUUAAUCUUUUUUAUCACAUUCAUAAUGAAUGUAGAUCUGCACUACAAAAUCUGUAAACAUGUGCUACAGCCCUUCAUUUACCAUUUGUGACUAUUGUUGAUUUGUUGCUCUAGAAAAAUCAAAGCAAGCAAAAACACACUAUAGUGAUCUGUGAUUUUUUUUUUCUGGAAGUUUCUAGUGGUGUUGAACAAUUCAAAAAGCACAAUAUAUGAAUCACCUCUACAUUUGUGUCUCAUUCUUGGUAAUGAGAAUUGUGUAUUUUGUAAAAAUUAUAUUGGUGGAUUUGCACCACUUCCCUGGCUUGUGAGCUUAUUGGAUAUUAUGGUUCUCCAAGAAGCAUUUUGCAAGCUACUCUACGAGCAGGAAAACAAUAACAACUCAUGUCUGUUUGGUUCAUCCUGACCGAAAUUGUGGUGUGGACAUUUACGGCCUUGCUUGCAGUUUUUCAACUUGAUUGAGAAAGCUGAGAGUGACUACGUACUUAUGUGUUUCAUCAUCCCAUUUGUCAGUCUUUAAACUUAACAUUUGCAUGUUGUGUUGUGUGCAUCCAUAUAUGUGUUCUUAUUAUUGUCUGUGUUCUUAUUAUUCUUUCUCUCACCUGCGGGUGGUGCACAUAUGAUCUAUAUAUGCUUUGACCCUUUAUUACAUUGUAAUUUGUUUUUAUUUGUGUACAGCAGAUUGAGACUAUUCUGUAGUAGAGGAAUGUGCUGUAUAAAUAUGCUUAUUAUUAUUAUAUCUAAUGCAAUGAAACUGCAACCGGUGUAAAAAUAUAAGUUGUGCAGUAAUAUAAUACACGAGGCAAUCAUAUGAUCUCAAAUUUUUAUUAAAAAAAUCUUUGUAAUUCUU